AUGGAAAAAUAUAUGAUUGCAUCCCCACAACCACAAUCAUCUGCAUCGCUAUCUUUUUCACCUAUAUCACCUUCCAAUAAUGGUUUGGUAGGACACAAGCCAUAUUCUUUGAAUUAUUUGGCUGAUUCCGCUGUUAACCUAAGUAAUAAUAAUCUUAAUUAUAAAUAUUUGUCUAAUCCAAAUUCAAAUAACAAUUUCAAUCCAAUGAUUUCCAACAAUAACAAUUUAAAUUACUCAAGUAACACCAUCUAUCAACAACAACAACAUCAACAACAACAACCUCACCAUCAGCAACAUCAUCACCAACAACAGCCACAAUCAAAUCCACAAAACAACAAUCUAUCCAAGAGUCCAAAUUUACUUUACAGUAUCUCAAAUAACAAUGAUCACUAUCUUUUAACUAAAUCUUCAAGUGGAGGUCAUAUUGCUAAUCCAUACUCCAGUACCAUUAUUCCAACUGUACCAAAUUGCAAUGGUCAGGUCAACCAGCCACAUCCAAAUCAAGUACCUUCUUUGAGCCCCUGUGGAUCACCCCAGAGCUCCUUCAAAUCUCUUGCUACCAUAGCCAAUUCUUCUUCAAGCCACUUUUCGCCGACAACCUCAUCAAGCUCUCUCGUGCCUUGCCUAAGCAAAUCAAGAUCCAAUUCAAUUGACUCUGAUAUCCUCAUCGGUAACUCCCUUCAUUCGACACCGGUAAUGCCACCAGCUCUCCACAUUUCAUCAUCACCAAUGCACCAUGGACAAGUUCCACCACAAGUCCAUCUUUUCAAUUAUUCGCCAUCCAGCUCUCCGAUCCCAUACUACUCCAGUGGACAACUCUGUCCAGUUUCCCCACCUUUUGGUUUAAAUUCACAUAAUGGAUCCGCUACCAACGGUAACCACCAUCACACACCACUAAACUCGAGUGCGCCUUCUGUCCUUGUUGGCCAUCACCAACAUGAUCAUAAGCAAAAUGAAGAUACCUCUUCAUCUCCUACACCACCAUCGAUCAUUGAUUCUGGUGCUAUCCUAGAGUGUUUUAUUGAGCUCCGAGAUCUUGGAUCCUCCAUUUCCAAACAAUCCAAAGAGUCGAUGGUAAACGGUGAUUUUUAUAAUGGAUUGGAACGAAUCAAACAAACGCUUUCCACUCUCAUCAACAAAGUGGACAGUCUCGAUGGAUCGAUGCAAAAUUUCAUCCAGAAUGGUGGAGAUUCUCGUAUCUUUGGAAACAACGAUGAAGGACGUGUUCCAGUACUCACCAGACCACGUAGAUUCAGAAAAUCCAAGGUUAAGAACAAGGAAAACUCUUCUGAUUCCCUCGACCUACUGGAUCCCUCUAAACAAAAGAGAAAAUCAACUGAGCUCAAACACUGUACCUCUUGUGGAACAACAUCAUCGCCUGAAUGGAGAAAGGGUCCAGCAGGUAAUCAAUCUUUGUGUAACGCAUGUGGACUUUAUUUCGCCAAGUUGGUGAGGAGAGAAGCUUCACUUGCUUGGAAACCACAGAGCGUAGUUAAAGUCAAUGAUUUGCUAUGUGUUGGUAACAAUGCAGCCAACAACAACAACAACAAUAAUAAUCCAAAUGGCAACAACUUGAACAAUAACCAUCAACAACAACAGCAAUCAAACAACAAUACACAAAACAAUCAUAUCGACUCCCAAUUAAUUAUCUCCAAUUUACAAAAAUAA